AUGGAGGCUCUUGAAAUUGGCUCCCGAAAUGUGGCUGACAGUGCUAUUAUUAGAGGGCUUGUGCGGCGUGGGAAAAUGGAAGAAGUAAUGCUGAUUCUUGAUUGCAUGCUUAGGGUGCAGCUUGUUCCAACUAUUGCCACUUUCACAACUCUGAUGCAUAAGUUCUGCAAAGAAUUUAACCUGAUGGAGGCUGUAAAACUAAAAAAUAUAAUGGAGUUUCAUGGUGUAAAUCUUGNUAAACUCCAUUACAUCCCUUGCUGUGUGGAUGUUGUUGUCUACAACACAUUGCUGGCUGAGGCCUGUAAAUCAGGGAAUUUGCAAGUGGCAAUAAUCCUUUUGGAUGAGAUGAUCACCAAUAACGUGCUCCCUGAUAGGUAUACAUAUGCGAAUCUUCCNCCUGAUGGAGGCUCAUUUGAUCUAUCUGAGGAGAUAAAACAAAGGGACCUCUUCCCAAAUACCACCACGUUUACUGUUCUGACUGAUGCUCUCUUGACCAAGAACAAUAUUGUGAAGGGUGAAAUGCUUUUGAUGGAUUUACAAGACAGGGGAUUGAUAUCUCGAGGUCAAAGCACCCAAGAUUUGCACAAAGCACGCCUCUUUAUGGAUCGGUGGGGAGCAGAGUUUAGGUUUUCAGCUGCUAAAGUUGGGAAGCCUUCUGACGCCAAGCACAUCAAGAUUUAUGAUGUCAAAGGUGCAAAUGCUAGACUUGACAGUGAUAGGCAGGUUUAUGCUGUCCCUGCUAUUAAACCAGGGGUGGCUGAGGAAAUCCCAAAAAAAACUGGAUAUAUUGUAAUGCGGGCAGAGGGAAUUUAUGAUGUGGAUGCUAAUACAUCAAUUGAUCAGCUUUCUGAAGAUCUCAGAUUCUCAAUAUCAAAAUACUGGAGGGUACACCAAGAUGAUGCAAUGGAGUCCAAAGAUGUGAUACGCUUGGUUCCCAAGAUCAUGAAAAGAAAAUGGACAAGCGAUGACGAGACUAACCACGAUGAGGUCCCAUACCACGAGCGGGAAGAGGAUGACGGUGUGUCUGAUAAUUCUGUAAUUUCCAAACAUGACAACAUUGAUGACUCUCUUAAUAAACAAUAG